GGUCUGUACUGUUGGCCUCUCAUUGGGUGUUAGAGAUGCACUCUGUGCACCAAUAGUGUGCAGAACUGUACAAAGAGAUCUACUCCCUCCCCCCAGCCUCAGCACAGUAACCCUUACACUACUCUGAGCUGGAGGAGAGAGAGAGAGAGAUGUGCUUACACAGACGGAAGGAUAAUGUCAUCUAAACAUCAGUUUCUAUAUCAAAACUAAUGGAAGAUGCUAAAUGGAAUAUACAUUCUGGAGAUGUGUUUUGAUAUGAAACUCUUUGUUCUGGACAGUAUUUAAGUGGGAAUUGUGUUAUAACGGAUCAGGGAUGACAAAGAGAAUGGGAUACCGAGACUGGGGAUGGCUGGCUCUUUGGUGGCAUCAUUUCUUUCUCUUGUGGAGUACAAUAGACGGACAGACUCGCUACACCAUCCCGGAGGAACUGAAACAGGGCUCUGUGGUAGGAAAUCUAGCCAAAGAUCUGGGGUUGGGACUAUCUGAGAUAUUUGACCGUAAACUGCGUGUCGCUUCUGAGGCUGGAAAGCAGUACUUCAGUGUGGAUGCAGGGAAGGGCGAGCUGGUCGUCAAUGAGAGAAUAGACAGAGAGACUUUAUGUGGACAAAGCGCCAGCUGCGUUUUACCUCUGCAGGUUGUCAUUGAGAACCCGUUACAGUUGUAUCGAAUUGAGGUGGAAAUACGAGACAUAAAUGACAAUUCCCCUACUUUUCUCACAAAGGAGCAGGCUUUAAAAAUUGCAGAAUCUACUGUAGCGGGUGUUCGUUUUCCAUUGGAGAGCGCAGAGGACCCAGACGUGGGAAGCAACUCACUUAAAUCCUAUACCAUCAGCAAAGACGACUGUUUUAGUUUAAAAGUAAAAGAGCUUCGUAAUGGAAGAAAAGUCCCUGAACUGGUUUUAGAGAAACCACUUGACCGGGAGAAAAAAGCUGUCCAUCAGCUACUAUUGACAGCACUAGAUGGGGGGAGUCCAGUCAGAUCCGGGACGUCACAGAUAACAAUCACAGUGCUUGAUGUAAAUGAUAAUAUCCCCGUAUUCGAAAAAUCAGUGUAUAAAGUUUCCAUCAGCGAAAAUAGCGCAAAAGGCACUUUCAUCGUUAAACUUAAGGCAACGGAUAAAGAUGAUGGUCAAAAUGGUGAGGUAAAAUAUUCAUUUGGUGAGCACACACCCGAGUCUGUACUUUCGACAUUUGAUAUUGUUACGGAAACAGGGAAUAUGUUUUUGAAAGGUAAAUUAGAUUAUGAAACUGCUGCAAACUUUGAAAUUGAUAUCACUGCUAAAGAUAAAGGUAUUCCGGAGAUGGAAGGACACUGUAGUGUGCAGGUGGAAGUGGUUGACCUGAACGACAAUGCUCCCGAAAUCGUCCUCACCUCCCAACCGAGUCCGGUGCGAGAAGAUGCGCCAAGUGGCACAGUAGUGGCUUUGAUUAGUGCCCGGGACCUAGACUCCACCAAUAACGGUAACGUAACGUUACAGCUCCCGCGACACUAUCCUUUUAAACUGAAACCGUCAUUUUCUAAUAAUUACGCAGUGGUCACCAGUGGUGUUUUAGACCGAGAGAGCUUCUCAGAGUAUAAUAUUGAGAUAACAGCCACUGAUUCGGGCUCCCCUCCCCUGACUACCAAGAAAACUAUACCUGUCAGUAUCAUUGAUGUCAACGACAACCCCCCUAAAUUCACUCAGUCCUCCUAUGAUGUCUAUUUAAAAGAGAACGGACUACCAGGAUCCACGCUCUCCUCAGUAUCCGCAUCUGACCUGGAUUUCGGGGAUAAUGCCAAGAUCUCCUACUCCAUCCUAGACUCCAAAGUGCAGGGCGUGUCUGUCUCCUCCUAUGUGUAUAUGAACUCUGAUAACGGCAGCAUCUACAGCAUGCACUCGUUUGACUAUGAGACACUGAAGGAGUUUCAGAUUCUGGUGCAGGCAAAGGACCACGGCUCUCCGUCUCUGAGCAGCAACGCCACUGUCCAUGUUUUUAUCCUGGACCAGAACGACAAUGCCCCCGCUGUUAUUUACCCCUCCGCUGCCCUGGGCUCGCUCUCUCACCAGAAGAUGCCCCGCUCCGCUAAAGCAGGCCACCUGGUUACUAAGGUAACGGCCGUGGACGCAGACUCGGGCCAUAACGCCUGGAUCUCGUAUAAGCUGGCGGAGGCCACAGACGCGUCUCUGUUCAAUGUCAAUCUUUACACAGGGGAGGUGAGGACUAAACGCGCUGUGUCCGAGCAGGAUGACUCCUCUCAGAGGCUGCUUAUAGAGAUAAAGGACGACGGGGAACCGGUACAGUCUUCCACCGUCACAGUGGCCAUACUGGUAGAGGACGGGCUCCAAGAACCCAUCUUGGACCUGCGGCAGAAAGCGCCAGAGCCCGGAAAGAAUAGCGGGAGAAUCACCCUGUAUUUGAUCCUCUCUCUGGCCUCGGUGUCCAUGCUGUCUCUGGUGACUUUUUUCAUCUUAGCGGUCAAGUGCGUUAGAAACAGCAGGAGCAGCGGUAGUUGCUGCAUGAGACUGGACGACUUGGACGGCUACAAUAACCCCAAUAGAAACCUGCAGAUCCAGCUCAACACUGACGGACCUAUUAAGUACGUGGAGGUCCUGGGAGGGGACAUGUUGUCUCAGAGUCAGUCCUUCAGGUCUUGUCUCUCUCCCAUGUCAGAGUUCAGUGAUUUCACCUUCGUUAAGCCCAGCAGCACCACUGACUUUAAGGAGAUGAUCAACGUCCUAGACGCGUCUUUACCUGACAGCGCCUGGACCUUUGAGAGCCAGCAGGUGAGCAGUGAAUGGUAGUUGAUUGUGACUAUC